AUGGAUUCACAGAGUCUAUUUAAUGUCAAGGGCAAAGUGGUGCUGGUCACUGGCGGAGCCAAAGGCAUCGGUCGCAUGAUCUCGGAGGGAUAUGUUACCAACGGUGCCACCGUCUAUAUUUCCUCGCGCGAUGCAAAGGCCUGUGAGCAGGCUGUGAGUGAGCUGAAUGCUCUCGGCAAGGGCAAGGCGCACGCCAUCCCAGCGGAUUUCUACAAGUAUGAGGACGUGAAGAAGCUUGCAGAGGAGCUGAGCAAGCGCGAAAGCAAACUCCAUGUGCUGGUCAACAACUCCGGCUCCAACUGGGGUGCCCCCUACGACGAGUAUCCUACCGCUGCCUUCACCCGUGUCCUUACCCUCAACCUCCACCGCGUCUUUGAUCUCACCCAGCUCGUGACCCCACUGUUGGAGAAGGCCUCCGCGGAGAAUGACCCGGCUCGCAUUAUCAACAUUGGCAGUGUGGAUGGUCUCCGUGUCCCUUCGCUCGAGACCUUUGCCUACAGUUCCAGUAAGGCCGGUCUGCACCACCUGAGCCGGGUACUGGCAAAUCACCUGGGCAAGCGAAAUAUCACCUCCAACACUAUCGCCUGUGGCCCCUUCGAGAGUAAGAUGAUGGCUGAGACCCUCAAGACUUUCGGUGAAUCCAUAAAGUCUGGAAUUCCACUGGGUCGGAUCGGAACUCCCCAAGAUGUGGCUGGCACUUGCUUGUUCUUGAGUAGCCGGGCGGGUGCUUAUGUGAAUGGUGCAACCAUCCCUGUAGACGGUGGUAGCGUUAUCGCCGCCAAGAUUUAA